UUAUGAUGGUCUCUUACUAUGAGUUUGGUCCGAUUCUUUCUUAACCCAGAAAACAGAAAGUCAAAGUUGUUGCUUUUUUAAAAGUUGAAAAUAGGUUAUGUUAUAUAAUAGUAUUAGGAGGAGAAACAAUUUGAAGCUGGCGUGGGUGAUUGUGGGUGGUAGUUGAAUAUGAACUUAACUUGUAAUGGAAAUUAUAGAAUAUAUUAAAAGGAAGAACACAGGGAAAAUAUGGUACUUCAUAUUGGGGCAAUCAAUUACUUGGGGUUGGGGCAACUGCAAUUAUAAUUUAAUAUUGCACAGCCACAUAGGCUUUUAAUCAGAGUCGGUAAAAAAGAUUUAUUAAUCAAGCAACAAAUGCACAUGCAACUAAUCUGGAAGAAGCAGAGGUCAGCGGACCAGCCAAAAGAAAGACGAAGACUUUUUUUAUUGAGUCUUCAUGGAUGAGAUGAAUCAGCUCCUUGAUCUUCUUCUUUUUAAGCAGCCCACGCAUCUCACAUCCCUAACCAUCAAUCUACCAAGUCAUUAUUAAACCCAAAUAAACCUUACUCUUUCAUCUUAAUGGCAGAUAUAAGGCGCGAAAAUGGAGUCCACAUAAAGUCUCGAACAUUGAAUUCCACCUCUGUUGACAAUGGUCUCCCCUUCAUUAACAACGUUCAGACCAUCAAUUCCAAUCACCCACCGGAGACGCCACCACCACCGGUGGUUAAUGCUGAGGUGGUUGCCUCUGUUGGGAGGGUGGCGCCGGAGAUGGACGCAGUGGUGAAGGUGUUUUGUGUGCACACGGAGCCCAAUUAUUCGUUGCCGUGGCAGAGAAAGAGGCAGUAUAGCUCCACUAGUAGUGGGCUUGUUAUUGGGGGGAAGAGGAUUUUAACUAAUGCGCACUCUGUUCAGCAUUAUACUCAGGUUAAGCUCAAGAAACGUGGCUCUGAUACUAAGUAUUUAGCCACUGUUCUUGCUAUUGGAACCGAAUGUGAUAUUGCUAUGCUAACAGUUGAUGAUGAUGAGUUCUGGGAAGGAGUAUCACCUGUUCAGUUUGGUGAAUUGCCUGCGCUUCAAGAUGCUGUGAUUGUUGUUGGAUACCCAAUUGGAGGAGAUACAAUUUCUGUGACAAGUGGUGUUGUUUCAAGAAUAGAGAUUCUGCCUUAUGCCCAUGGUUCCACGGAGCUUCUGGGCUUGCAGAUAGAUGCUGCUAUCAACUCGGGAAAUUCUGGUGGACCUGUCUUUAAUGAUAAUGCACAAUGCGUUGGCAUUGCAUUCCAGUCCUUUAGUCACGCGGAAGCUGAAAAUAUAGGUUAUGUCAUACCAACACCAGUUAUCACCCACUUUAUCCAAGAUUAUGAGAAGAACGGAGCAUAUACAGGAUUCCCUUUGCUUGGGAUUGAAUGGCAGAAAAUGGAAAAUCCAGAUUUGCGUAUGGCAAUGGGAAUGAAACAUGAUCAGAAGGGUGUUCGAAUCAGAAGAAUUGAACCCACUGCUUCAGAAUUUGAAGUCUUAAAGCCAUCUGACAUUAUUCUCAGUUUUGACGGCGUCGAUAUUGCCAAUGAUGGGACAGUUCCCUUUAGGCAUGGAGAGCGGAUAGGUUUCAGUUACCUUGUUUCCAAAAAGUAUACUGGCGAUUAUGCGGCAAUUAAAGUUCUCCGCAAUUCUGAGACUCUAACAUUUGACAUCAGACUUUCGGUUCAUGGGAAAAUCAUUCCGCCACAUGUCCAAGGCAGACCUUCUUAUUAUAUUAUUGGAGGAUUUGUGUUCUCAGCAGUCUCUGUUCCAUAUCUCCGUUCUGAGUACAAUAACUUUGAUGAAAUUCCUGUUAAGCUUAUGGACAAACUUAUGCACUCAAUGUCUCAAUCCCCAGAUGAGCAGCUUGUUGUAGUUUCUCAGGUGCUUGUGGCUGAUAUUAAUAUUGGUUAUGAGGAUAUUGUUAAUACUCAGGUUUUUACUUUCAAUGGCAAGUCCGUGAAGAACCUGAAGAGCUUGGCCAACAUGGUAGAAUGUUGUAAUGAUGAAUUUUUGAAAUUUGAACUGGAACAAGAUCAGAUAGUGGUUCUCCGGACGAAGACUGCCAAGGCAGCCACUAUUGAUAUUCUUACGACACAUUGUAUACCUUCAGCAAUGUCACACGAUCUUAAACCGUGAAAUUGGGUCUUUAGUGUAUUCAUAUUUUUUUGGUUAACAAUGUAUGUAGAUUUCAGCAUUCUUGUUAUAGCUCCGUUACCACCAUAAUUUGGCGUUGAUUGUAGAUAAGAAAUAAGAAAAAUUAGUUUAUAAUAGUGCUCAAGAUAAAUCAGUCAGGCCGGAACCCUUUUUGUCUUUUUCCUUUUUUUUUUUUUUUUACUUUUCAUAUAAAUCUAAGAAAUGAGUUGGGUAUUUGAUCAA